AUGCACAAGAUGUCUAAGAAUGUUUUCCAGCUCUGGGACACAGAUGAUGUGAGACACUUUGCUACACUUUAAUCGAACUGAGAAAAACAUGCUUAAAAGGUGGGACAAGCACAGAGGCAAAAACUCAACAAAUUAUGUGAACAGGAAACAUAUCAAGAAGCAAGUCUGCCCAGAGACAGCACAGCAGUGGUGUUUGGAAGCCAUUCUGCGGAAAGUGGUAAGGAAGUAAGGUCAAAGCAGCGGACAACGUGGCCCAGAGCAGCUUCUGGGCAACUCCUGACCACGGACAGAUGGCCUAAGGCCACUGUUCAGAGGAACUACGUGACUUUGGUCCAUUCCACAACCCGAAAUCGAAAUUCGUUUGGGAGCAAACAGUAAAUCCAAGGAAUUGUCCAGCCUGCCCGUGCUACCAGAUGAGCGGAAGACUCUGAUUUAGACAAAGCGCCAAGAAGAGACUGCCCUUGAUUUUUGUACUUUGUAACCUUUGUCAGCUUUUCACACCUCCUCUGACCGUGAAAACUCUGCACUUAAGCAAGGAAAAUGAAGCAGUUGAAAAGGAAGAGAAAAAGCAACUUCAGUGUUCAAGAAACUCAGACCCUUUUGAAAGAAAUUACCAAACGCAAAGAAGUCAUUUUUUCCAAGCAGCUCAACACGACGAUUAAUGUGAUGAAGCGGAUGGCGUGGGAGGAGAUCGCACAGUGUGUGAACGCCGUGGGGGAAGGCGAGCAGAGGACGGGGACGGAGGUGAAAAGAAGGUACCUGGACUGGCGGGCGCUUAUGAAGAGAAAGAGGAUGAAGGCCAACAUUAAGCUGGUUGGCUCAGGGUUCCCCCUCCCCACCUCCGAUCUAGACGACUCUCUCACCGAGGAGAUGGACGACAAGAUUGCAUUCCGAAACGAUCCCAACUUUGACUGGCAGAACGUGGCAGAUUUCAGGGAUGCAGGUGCAUCCUUAACUGAGGUCAAAGUGGAAGAGGAGGAACGAGACCCCCAGAGUCCCGAAUUUGAGAUCGAGGAGGAGGAGGAGAUGCUGUCGGCCGUCAUCCCGGACUCCAGGAGGGAGAGCGAACUCCCCGAUUUCCCCCACAUCGAGGAGUUCUUCACCCUGAACUCCACGCCGUCCCGUUCUGCCUACGACGAGCCCCACGUGCUGGUCAACCUGGAGAAGCAGAAGCUGGAGCUGGAAAAGCGGCGCCUGGACGUGGAGGCCGAGCGGCUGCAGCUGGAGCGGGAGCGGCUGCGGCGCCUGGACCUGGAGGCUGAGCGACUGCAGCUGGAGCGGGAGCGGCUGCAGCUGGAGCGGGAGCGGCUGCAGCUGGAGCGGGAGCAGCUGCACGUCGACCGGGAGAAGCUGAGGCUGCAGGCGGUCAGCUCCGAGAAGCCGCCCUCCUCGGACAGUGAGCUGGGCCAGGGCGAGAAGCCGGGGCCGCAGCCCCAGGACCUGGAAACGGAGAGGCUGAAACUCGAGAGGGAGCGCCUACAGCUUGAGAAGGAGCGGCUGCAGUUUCUGAAAUUUGAGUCGGAGAAGCUGCAGAUUGAGAAGGAGCGCUUACAGGUGGAGAAGGAGAGACUUCGGAUCCAGAAGGAGGGCCACUUGCACUGACCGAGCUGGCUCCCCACGUAGCAGAUGUCUGUGAACUGGAGCUUUCCCUCUGUGUCGGGCCACAGAACACUGGUGGAAGAUGAACUGUGUUUUUCCCUGUGUCACGUCUGUGUUUGCGGGAGGACAGAGGUGGGUCCGUGUGGGGACCGUGGGUUCUGGCAGUCCGUCCGGCACACACGGCAGGGGGCCCACAUGCUGCCGUCUCCACUGAGGAAGAUUCCACGGUGUCCUGUGUGAUCUGUGCACGCAGAGUCUCAGUUAUGUCUGUGAAGUUCCAGCUCCCUGCUUCUCCCUGGGGAGGAUCUUGACCUCCCCACCCCAACCCCGGAGACGUUUGGUUGGUGUGUCAGGGCCAGAGAGCCCACCUCCUCCUGCUGCGCACAGGACGGCCCCCCAGAAAGGACUUCUCCAACACAAAAUGUCCGUGUUGCCGAGGCUGACGGCCCCUCCCCUAGCCUGACUCUGCACCUCUCUGGCUUUGGUUGUAGUUCCAGAAUAUUAGAACCGCAGAUACUUACGUGGGUAGUUACUUACAUGGCCAAAAACUUUCACUGUGUAGUGUGAUUGUGUAGUAUAGUGAACAUAGGCAGUGAUGAGGAUGGCAAGUCCUUUAUUCUUGUUUCCAUCUAUAGAUGUUUCCAUCUAUAACCAGAGACUCCCAUCACUAUAAGGGAACAUCAGAGAGUGGCCGGACGGGUCACUCUGAAAAGCCGUUCAUUCAUCUGGGUGUUGAUGCUUUAGAAGUGACAUGGUUUAAGGCUUAGUUGCCUUUUUCCUUUGAAUUCGUGGUCUUAGUUUAGAUAGAAAAAUUGUCUUUUCAACCAUGUACUGGAACUUUAAUGUAAGUGAACGGGUGAAGCUAGUAAACGUGGUACCGACAUAUACAAAUGGUACUAGUAGUCCAUGGGCUUGCGAUCAACAAGGGUUCUAUCUUAAGUAAGUACUGGCAGCUAUGGGGGAGCGGGGUGGGGGGGAGUGUGGUCUGUAUAGGCUGGUGGUGGUGACGACAGUAGUAGCUGUGUGGGAAUGAACUAGGAAGCCCUUAGCACACACUGUCUGACCUGAUCUGUACCAUCCUUGAGAGUAUUCAUGACCGUCCCUGAAUCAGAGGCGCAGAGAAGGAACAGGGAGCAAGAGUCUGGUCUCAUACUGUGGUGUGUUUUGUCUGCGCCCCUCCUGGAGGAGCAAAGUUGCUAUCUCUCGUGAGACCAAGGCCUGGCGCAACGUGACUUGCCUUUAGUCCGCUGAAGGUUCUUUUCCUACCGGGUGGCUGAUUCUAACGCACAGCAACGCUGAGAAUCACUGCACGAGACCACUUUGUAUUUUCUGCAUUCCAGGCUGAUACUGUAGCUUUAAUACAUGUCUUCUGUUGACAGGUCCUGUCUUGAUUCUGUGUUUGUUCCCUGUUAAUUUAAGAAUGUCUUAAAACCGUAUGUGAUGUUGGAGUAUGGACAUAGAAGGAAAAAAUAUACUUCUGUUUCGUCACCUUGACUUCGAAAUAGUGUUAUUUUUCUAUAGCCGGAAUAAAUGCUUCUACCGUAGAAAUAAAAUUUGCCUAUGCCAA